AUGGCAGAAGCGCCUGCCCACCCCCCCGUCUUGCGUCUGCCGUUCAAGCUGUCGAGGUCAGAGAAGAGAAUCAUCCUCUCGUCCAUCAACGGCAGUCUCCUGCGGUCCCACGCCGCCCUCGAGCUGGCGAGGGCCCUGACGGCGGCCGGCGGGGGGGGCUGCCCUCCCGACCAGCGACGGGGCCGAGACGCGUACCUCGACGCCCUGGCGCACGCCAGCGAGGCGCACAGGGACGCCGUCGAGUUUCACCGCUGGCAGCAGGCGGCGCGCGCGCAGGUGUACCGUGGCCACUGUUUCCGCGGGCUCGGCGCGUGGAGGCGCGCGCACGCGUGCUACGUGCGCGGCGCGAGCGUGCGCGGGAGCGCUUGGGCUGCCGUUGACAUUGAGGGGCUGACGCGGGAGUGUCAGGACAGGACGGAGAAGGAAGCAGCAGCAGCAGCAGCGGCGGCGGCGGCGGCGGCGGUUGCGACUGCGACUGUGAGGAGGCCGGACGAGGGGACCAAGACGGUGAGCUUCAGCCCUGUUGAGGAGCACGUCCUCGACCAGGCGUCAGCGGGUGGGCUGGUCAAGAUCGCGGACGCGACACCCGGGGGUGAUGAUCCGCUCGCUGGUGAGUCGUGCUGGAUCCGGAACGCCGAGGGACGCAUCGUUGCCUACCGCUGGGAGAAGCCACAGCUGAGGAGAGUCGAGGGGACGGCGUACCUCAAGUGGUGGGAGGAGGCGGUCAAGCCCAUUGGACUUGACGAGAACGACAUCUGGUUUACCAAGUGA